AUGGCUGCUCAACGGUUACUCACCGAUACAAAUGGACCCUAUUAUGGUAAUGGUAGUGGAGAUUUUUCAGCAACAAAUGCUCCCAAUGGUAAUAACAGUAUGUACCCGACAACAUUUUCCACGGAAACAUCGUCGGCAUCUCCAAUUCCUCAUCAUUUACAAACGCUUAUUGGACCAAUGGGCGAAUCAUCAGUUCCAACAAGUCAUCCGAACAGUGUCAAUGCCGAUAAUCAAGUUAAACAACACAAAGAUAUGAUCUACAGUUCGUUGUUUCUCGGCUGCGAUGCUCUCGCUGAACACUUUUUAUUUCAUCCGUUCAUUGAUGAUAAUGAUGAGAAAGUCGGUGGGCCGAAUCACCUUCGAGCAUAUUUGCGUACCACUGACUAUCUAAUAAUCAUUGGAAAAGGCAAAACGCGAGUCGAUCAUCCAUUAUUUCCUCUACUGGCAUUGAUCUUUGAAAAAUGUGAAUUAGCAACUUGUACGCCACGAGAUUCCGGUGGACCGGGAGACAUUUGUUCGUCGGAAUCCUUCAAUGAUGAUGUGACAGAAUUCGCUAAACAGCUGCAAAAAGAUCAAAACUACAUAACCACGAAUCCUGAGCUCGACAAUGUGAUGAUUCAAGCUAUUCAAGUCUUGCGAUUUCAUUUACUCGAAUUAGAAAAAGUUCAUGAACUAUGCGAUAACUUUACUCAUCGAUAUAUUACUUGUCUCAAAGGUAAACUACCCAUGGAUUUAGUGAUCGAUGAACGAGAUUCAAAUGUUUCAUCAACUAAAUCGGGUGACGAUGAUGACGAUCAAGAUGAUGAUCAAUCAAGUCCUCAACCACCAUCAGGAUAUCCGCCACAUCCACCAACUACUUUGUCGCGUGCAUCAUCGUAUAAUCAACACAGUCCAGAUGGCUCUGUAACACCAUUUACUCAUCCAAACAAAUCUCUUCGAUCAUCUUCAUCUCAAUUGACUCCAUUUGUUUCACCACAUCAUCUUGGCCAUGCUCCACCUCCUCCGUCACAUCAUCAUCAUCACCAACCUCCUCCCAGCACACAUUUUCCACAGCAACUUGCACCACCACCUCCUCCGCAUCCUUCCUAUUCGAAUCACCUCGGCGGUCAUCAUUCAUCACUUUUAAAUCAUCAUCCCGCACAUUUUCAUCAUUCAAUACAUAACGAUGAUACUCAAUCGACACAUUCUUCGUCAGAUACAACUACACCCAAUGCCAACCCAACAUCAAUGAUUAACAUGACAAACUCGAAUAAUGGUUACCAUGGUUUACAUGACAAUAAUAGUGAGACGGGUGACAAUUUCGCUAAUAGUGUCGGUUCAGGUGAUGAUGAUGAUCUUGAUGAUAAUACGAAGAAACGUCAAAAGAAGCGCGGUAUUUUUCCAAAAGUUGCAACAAAUAUCAUGCGUGCAUGGCUAUUUCAACAUUUAACCCAUCCAUAUCCGUCCGAAGAACAAAAGAAACAAUUAGCUCAAGAUACUGGUUUAACAAUAUUACAAGUUAAUAACUGGUUUAUUAAUGCCAGACGUCGUAUUGUUCAGCCAAUGAUUGAUCAAUCAAAUCGUGCCGGUAAGUCGUACAUGAAUGGUAAUGAGCAAACUUCAUUAUCAAUCCUCUCAUCGGUAUCUCCUCCCACUGUCUCAAACCGAUGUAAACGUCAGACUAAAUCUCGAGAAUUACCAACGGAUAAGAAAACAUCAUAUCGACGAUCAAAUCCUGUUGAUAUACCAGUUCUUCCUCAACAACUAGCUUUUUCAUAUCUAGCAAAAGGCAAGACCCAUGCUCAAAAAGGUAGAACUUCUACUUAUGCAUCAUCGUCGGCUAUACCAUCGGAAUUUACUGAUUGUUUUGGACCGUAUUCACCCGAUGCAGCUGCAGCUGCAGCCAUGCAUUAUCAAUUCAGUGGUGGCUAUCCACCGGCUCCACAUGAUCUCUUCGGAUCCUACGCUCAAAUGUCUCAAUUUCGAAAUCCUAUGAUGAUGAUGUAUCCAGGCGGAUAUCCUGUAUCAUCAAGUCCAACAAGUAUGAUGGAUCCAAUGGGACAUCAUCAUCAUCAGCAACAAGAAUCAUCAGCAGUUACGAGUGGAGCAUCUUAA